GAUAAUGCGCUUUACGCGAUGAAACUAUAUUAGCAUGGCUAAGCAGUCCAUUGAUGUGCAUAGGUACCUAAGAAAACUCGUGAGAAAAACUUUAUUUAAGGCAGACAUAUGGAAUACAGACRUUUGGAAAUGUAGAAGAAAUAAGACAUCGAAAAUGUUGAUAAAAUUGGCUUGUCAAAAUAUUAAGAAAGAAAGAAAGCGAAACAGAUAAGGACAGAGAGAAAAUAAAAGAGAGAGACUUUAGAGUUGGUAGUAAAAUAGGUUGACACUUGUGCAGACUUUAAUUUARCUUUUUGCAAAAUUGACCGAUUCAUUUCACGAGUUUCUUUUUUAUUCGUGUUUUAUUCUUUGCUUCUUUGCCGAUCCCUUGACAUACAAGUUAUUUAACUUUUGUAAUCAUAUUUUGACACGAGAAUUUAUGUUUCUUUGUGUAUUGAGAUUCUCUCUUCGACACUUCUUGCCUUAAUGUUUGAAUGUUCGGUACAGGUGGACAGCGGGUAUCAAGGCUUGAUCUUUCUUGUAACCACCUAUGGCUCAACAAACGUUUAAGCCACCAAAGCACAAAAAUAUUGCAACCAUGAUUUUUAGACACCGACUWAAACAUGUUGCCAACAAUACUUAGAUUUCAAAAACAAUAUAUAUUUUUACAACGUAGCUGUUCUGUUGURGCGGAAGCUAGAUGGUAGAGAGAACUCAUUGUUUUUGGUCACCAGUUUGCCAAAUUUAAGAGCAAGGCUGAUUAAUAUUAGAUGUUCCGGAUAUCGGGUCUUUCAGGACGAUCAGUGGCGCGUAUAGGCUCACAGUGCACUAAAAUAUUGGGUAGUCAAGCUUUAAUUCACUUACAGACUUUAUUGAGAACUUGAAGACGGUUAAAAGAGGAAUGGAAAGUUGUAAAUAAUAAUACUAAAGGGAACAGAUUGAAAGGAAAGGAGGAYAGGGCAGUGUUAAAAGAGAUGUUCUAGAUUCGGCUAGACCCAACUGAGAAAUUAAAUUUAAGAUUUUUAUACGAGGGCAGUUAGGGAAGAAUCAUUGAGCAACCGAUAUCCCAGUGGAGUAUGCCUCAUAGAGGUCCCGGUGGGGUGAACCAGUUAGGAGGUGUGUUCGUCAAUGGCCGACCACUUCCCGAUUACAUGCGCCACCGCAUUGUCGAGCUGGCUCAUUGUGGCGUUCGUCCAUCGGAGAUCUCUCGGCAACUACUCGUAUCCCACGGCUGCGUCAGUAAGAUACUCGGGCGCUACUACGAAACGGGGUCAGUUCGACCAGGUGCUAUCGGUGGAAGCAAACCCAAAGUAGCCACACCAAAAGUGGUGAAAAAGAUCUUAGAGUACAAAGAUAAGAAUCCGUGUAUCUUUGCCUGGGAAAUAAGGAACAAUCUACUGGCUGACGAAAUAUGUGACAAGACAAAUGUUCCAAGUGUAAGCUCCAUAAACAGGAUACUCCGGAACUCAGCUGCCGAGAAAGAAGCUCGGGCCGUGCACGAACAGGUUAAACAUGCUCAACAGGUACAUCAACAAAUUCAGCAACAGGUGACUCUACAACCCCAGCUCAAUGGAUUUCCCUCACAGAUCAAUUUUACGCUUCCUCACACGACCGCCGUCAACUUCACCCCAAACAUACAGAAUACUCAGACUGCACAGCASCAUCCUACUGUCCCUAACCCCUCCCAGGUCCAGCCACCUCAACAGCAACCUUCCCCUGUCAAGACCCCUCAGGAGAUCAUUGUACAAAGGGCUGCGAAGACGCCUACUGAGAAUGGCCAUAAGAUCUCCCAAAAUGGAAAUGGUCAAGAAAUCCAUGUCAAAUCAGAACAAAAUGCAUCAAAAGAAGAAAUAGAGAAUGAAAAGACGAACGAAGACCGGAAACGAAAAUCAGACAGCGUCCUAAGUGACAAUGUGGACACGAUAAAGGAAAUCCCUCAGAAACUUAAUGGCGAGAAUACUGAUGUUAAUGGUAACGAAGGCCCCGAGGCGAAGAAGAGAAAAGUGGUGUACAUUGACAAUGGUAAUGGCAAUKGCAAUAAGACGGAGACGUUAAGCCCUGUUUACACGCGCGUGUCGCCCACUUGGAUCAAGUACAAUUCUGUGAUUCCCAGUGGCUUUGCAAUUGCUGGAAACAUCAACGGUAUAAACACCAUAGCAGACAUGAAUGGCAUCAAUAUGAAUGGUCUUAAUGGUAUUGGUAACAUGAACGGCAUUAGUGCUUUGAAUGGAAUCAACACUAUGGCAGCUCAGGUGAAUGGUUUCAAUGGAAUGAAUGGUAUGGGAAACGGAAUGGGAAAUGGGGUGGGAUUUGUGAAUGGGAACACAGCCAUCAAUGGCAUCAAUGGUCUUGCUGGAAUCAGUACGCUUAAUGGAAUAAAUGCCUUAGCAAACAUCAGUUGUCAAACAAUGAAUGGUUUGAAUGGAAUAAAUGGAAUYAAUGCCCUAAAUGGUCUUCAUCAAGCCAAUGGUGUUAAUGGCAACAACACAAGUUACCCACAAAAUACUGAACAAGAAAGAUCCAUGAACCAGAAUCAUAGCAAUGGUAAUGGAGUGCAUUCAGACAACAUCCAUUGGUCAUCCCAGUACCCAGUUGUAUGCAUUCCUGAAUCCAGCCAAUCAGGAGGCAUAAACCAAAACAAUGGCACCAACAAGGGAGAAGCUUUCCAUCCCCAAAUCACUUUCCAAUUUGCUGGUACUUCAAGACCGGAAAUCCAAAACAUAAACGGAAAUACCACAACCACUUCCGUUUACGCUCCAAUCACCACAGCUGGUCCCAGGUUCUCGACAAUCCCAGUUGGGAAUCCGCUGGCCAACGGCAUCCAAACCAUGCAGUUUACUCGUCCCAUGACAACGGAGUUCACAUCACCAAUCAUGAAAUUCGUUGGCCCUGGUACGUUUCUCCCACUAAGACCAUCAAUGUCAGCACUGGACACGCUUACCCAAGGAUAAAAACUACAUCCAAAGACAUUGACAAGUUAUGACAAGCUGCGUCUAAUGCGCAUGCGCUAAAAAACAAAAACUACCACAUAGCAAGUUAUUAAGAGAGCAAYCGGAAGUGUUUCUGAUUUAGUGGCAGGUACCUGAUCCCUGGAUAAAACAGUACCAUAUGUAUGCUCUGUAUAGAGUAAAAACGACAGAUUGUAAUCAUAGACUAUAGAUAAACUCCAAGAGACAUCCAUAYACACUAAUGUUUAGGACUAUGCUGCCUCAGUUUUGGCUGUAUCAUAAGUCAGGUCAGAAAUAUUUAAAUUUAUUGAAGGAUCGUGCCACAUUUCAGUUUGUGGUAGUUUUUUCCUAAGCACUUUAAACAAUGUUACCCGAAAUAUAUCAUUUAUACAUAUGUAAACUAUAUCCGACUCUACAAAAUCUUAUAAUUUAUCCUAUAUAUAUAUAUUUUUUUUCUCUAUAAACAAAAAUAAUCACUAACGAUAAAUAAUACUUCAGUAUUAUUUAAAAUUUAGAUGAUUGAAUUUGUCUUUCUAGCUUUGACCUGAUUAGCAUCUAAUCGGAAUAACAGGGAACGAUUUUAUUGUAAAACUAUAAUAAUAAUAUUGUUAAUGAUAUCGUUAUGUCAUAACAUUUAGCCGUAAAUAUUUAAUGGCAAAUUUAUUGUAAUUAUUAAUGUAUAUUUAUCUUUAUUAAUGAUAGAGUUGRGCAAAAUCUAGCAAAUUACUAAGUAGCUUCAUUAAAUAUUUUAUUGAUCAUUUCUAAGCAAAUUGAGUUUAAAGUAGUUGAAAUGACAUUUAAGCUGCAAAAUGAUUGAAGUACUAAGUAUAAAACURAAAUAGUUAAGGACAAUGGCGCCCAUUCAGAUAAAGCGCAGGAUUUAAGGUUAACAUUUAAAAUGAAAGCACUUAUAUACUUGACUUGAAAAUAUUCUUUAAAAAAACGAAAAAAAUUCUUUAGUAACCAGACUAUUCCGCAAAAACUUCAAUACGCAUGCGCGUGCAAUURUGCAGCUGACAUAUUGUAGGCGAAUUCACAGAAACGAUUUUCAAGCUGAAUAAAAACGGGGUUUUA